UUCUGAACGCACCUCGAAUCUCGAGACUGUAUUGCGACCUGUGAAAAUCGCGCGCAAAAUUUUGAAAUUUUUUUUAAACACUAGGCUAAGGCACGUGUGCUAAAAAUGACAAUAUACAGCAAAAUUGUUCAAAUAAUAUUGGUUAGUGUGUGAUGAAAUUGUAGAAUACAAAAGUUAUGAAACUUCGUCGUGUAUAAAAGGUCACAAUGGCAGAAACUGUAGAAGCGGGUGCUGGUCUCGCUUGGCGAUUACUGGCCACGCUUGAGGGCGGAUCGCUUUUAGCUGUAGCCACAUCUGCGCUAAUUGCUUACACGGCAAGACUGAAACUCACCCAACAGAAGCAACACAAGACUGUUAACAGUGUUCUAAUAUCGAAUACUACAACAAUUUUAGGACGUGAAUUAAAAUGUAGACUAGAAAGUCACGGCUGCAUCGUUUCCACGGGCACAAGUGCCACGCCAGGAACAGAUAAAUAUGAUUCGUUGGUAGUUAUCGGUACAGAAUCUCAAGCAGGACUAGACGGUCUUCUAAAUUUGGUCUCUCAGGACGUUAACGAAAAUUUAAAUUUACUAGAGACGCUGUCCGUUGCUGUGAGAAGAGGGGGUUGCAUCGCAUGGGUGUGUACUGGUGAAGUCUCCGGCUCGUAUGGCGGCGCGACCAGCGCCUUUGACACAGUAGUGCGUGCCAGCCUCCAGCAUGUCGCUAAAAUUUCGCAUUGCGAGCCCCUAUGGAUAGGUCGAUGUUCUACCACAAAGAUGGCAGUGGACAAGAUCCUCGCUGAACUCCUACCAUCCACUCAGCAUAGUCCUAGCUUCUCGAUCAGAAAUGCCGCAAACAAAGUGAGCGUAUUCCUCGGCAGAUGGCUGAAAAUGGUCACAUGAAUUACUAUAGUUAUAUCUAUAUUAAAUUAGCUUAAGUAUAAAUGUUUUGUAAAUAUUUUAUUAAAAAGAUGACA